UUGAUUUGUUUCUGAACCGCAGCGUCACUCGCCCAGCCUGCAGACUUUUCAUCCAUUUAAUUCCCUGCGACGAUGUGGCUGAUUUUCGAGAUCUUUGUGGUGUACUUUAAGCUUGUUUUUUAUUGGCUGGAAGCAGCUUUUCGUCGAAUUAUUCCUCCACCUAAGAAAAACAUCGAAGGCCAAACGGUGUUGAUCACAGGUGCUGGUGGUGGGAUUGGUAGACUACUUUCUCUCCAGUUUGCUGCUCAUGGAGCAAAACUUGUCCUGUGGGAUAUAAACAAAGAUUCAAAUGAAGAAACUGCUGCACAAGUCCGUGCCCUUGGUAGGGUGGCUCACACCUAUAUUUGUGACUGCAGCAACAGAGAGGAUGUCUAUCGUGUUGCUGCAAAGGUGCAGCGUGAAGUUGGUGAAGUGGACAUAUUGGUAAACAAUGCUGGAAUCUUGUCUGGAAAGAAACUGUUGAAUCUAAAAGAUGUAGAGAUUGAGAGAACCAUGAGAAUUAACACUCUGGCACACUUCUGGACUGUGAGGGCAUUCCUUCCAGACAUGAUGGAGAAGAACAAGGGCCACAUUGUCAACAUAACCUCCAUAGCAGGCAGCUUUGCUACAGCCAACUUGACUGACUACUGUGCAUCAAAAUUUGGUGCCACAGGUUUCAGUCAAUCAUUAACCUUGGAGCUGCGUGAAAUGGGAAAAACUGGCAUUAAAGUGACUUGUGUUCAACCCUAUACAGUAAACACUGGACUAGUGUGGUAUCCAAAGGCUCGUUUUCCAUCACUAUACCCAGUCCUCGAGCCAGACUAUGUGGCCAAGGAGGUUGUGGCAGCCACUCUUAGAGAUGAGGAAAUUCUCUUAAUUCCCCGUGCUCUAGCUGUGAACUUCUUUUUGACUGGGAUAUUACCAUUUAAAGCUCUUCUUGUUUUGAGUGACUUCCUUCAAGUUGGAGUCUCUGAACACACUCCAAGAGAUGAAAAGAAGUCUGAUUAACCUUUCACCCCUAUGGGUUACUGGCUUCUAAUGUGUCAAUUAAUUUGAAGCUUUGACAUCCCCACCUCACUGGGCAAUCCACAAACAUUUGACUGUCCCUCGUGCAAGGGGGAUGGAGAAUUCAACCCUGCUGGAAGUGUCAAAUAUUUUCAGCGGAAUGAACUUGUUUUAUUAAGUAAUAUGGAAGUGUUUAUAGAUAAAGAGUUCAGUUGUGCAUGUGAAUAGCCCAGAUAAAAAAGGUCUACAAGGUAUGAUCAUGCCUUUAAAAAUUAAAUUGACCAUCAAAUCCAACACGUGGGCAUUUAAACACAAUUUAAGCCCCAGGAGACAGAUAUUUGGAAAAAGCAAUCUUCAAAAGUUCAAAUGUCCAGGGGUUGGGGAGAUACUGAAGCUUCAAAUUAAUUUACACAUAAUUUCUCUGUGCAAUAACACCCCUGAAUCAAAUAUAAAGGUCAAAAGAAUGAGGAUAUGAUCACCAAUUUAAGUAGCACUUGAUUGUCAAAAUAAAUUCUCCUUACAAGUAGCAAACAUAGGAAAUGUAGAAAGAACCAGUGUGGAGAAUAUGAUUGAAUAUUAAUGUUGGGGUGUGAGUGGUUCUCUAGAAAUUGAGACUCAACUGACACCUCAUGAACUUUUUAGCUCACAAAUUUGUAGUAAGUUAGAGCUUAAACUUCAGCAAAAAUAUAUAUCCACAGAUUCAUUUUGUUAUACACUUUACUAGUUAUAUGACUGCAGUGAAAAUCAACUGCUUCUUUCACUUUCUUACACAAAUAAUGCUCUAAUUGAAUAAUCAAUCCAUCAGUUGGUCAGUAAGUCACUCACUUAGCCUGAGUCAGUCAGUCCACAAUUAGUCAUCAAUCAAUCAAAUCAAUCAAACAGUCAAUCAGUCUGUCAGUUAAUCAAUCAAUCAAUCAAUCAAUCAAUUGUGCUUGCCUGAGCUUUCCAAAUUUAUUACUGUACAUCUAUUUGAGUAAUAGGCUUCUCCUCAAUCUCAGUUCAGCAUUUCUGUGGGGUCUCACUAUUAAUACCAUCAACUUUCCAAACAUCUAUCUUAGCGUUUUUUUAUGGUAACCAACUGCAUUUUAUUUGUCAGUAGAAUCAUUAUUCAAUAUUGUACAUAAAAUUGCACAUAAAAUGUCAA